UUGUUUUGUGAUGGAGCCGGUGUUGAAGUCUCCCUGUGAUGAACAGCACCCUCAGCAGGCUGAAGACUUCCACGGGAAUGUUGAGCAGAGCAGCAAGCUUUCAGGAGUAAAAAAAGAUAUUGAAAAACUUUAUGAAGCAGUGCCGCAGCUUGUAAAUGUGUUCAAAAUAAAGGAAAAAAUUGGAGAAGGUACUUUUAGUUCUGUUUACUUGGCCACGGCACAGCUACAAACAGGAUAUGAGGAAAAAAUAGCCCUGAAACACUUGAUUCCAACCAGCCACCCUCUGCGAAUAGCUGCUGAACUUCAGUGCCUCACAGUGGCAGGGGGACAAGAUAAUGUUAUGGGAGUUAAAUACUGCUUUAGGAAGAAUGAUCAUGUUGUUAUUGUUAUGCCAUAUCUGGAGCAUGAAUCCUUCUUGGACAUUUUGAAUUCCCUUUCCUUUGAAGAAGUGAGGGAAUACAUGUUUAAUCUGUUUAAAGCACUGAGGCGCAUUCAUCACUUUGGUAUUGUUCACCGUGAUGUCAAGCCCAGCAACUUCCUCUACAACAGGCAGCUAAAAAAGUAUGCCUUGGUAGAUUUUGGCUUGGCACAAGGAACCCCUGAUACAAAAAUUGAGCUUCUUAAAACCGCCCAUUCUGAAGACCAGCAGAGAAGUUGCUUGCAAACUAAUCCCGUUGUAGCCUUGGGAAAUGGGGUUUCUGUCACAGCACCUGAACAGAUAGCUCAACAGUCAGCCUCAAAAGCAGCUGAUAGAAGGUCCAGCUCACUUUCAAAAGUACAGAUGAAGCAAGGAAGAGGAGGAAAGGAGGACUCUGUGCACCAUUCUGUCCAGCGCUCUGUUUUUGGAGAGAGGAAUUUCAAUGUCUAUAGCACCACGUACCAGGAGAACACAAGCACAAAACUCAUAAAACAAUCAAAGGUGAUAGAUGUUUCAUCUAGGAAGUUAGUAACAAAGAAGAAGAUUAUUUCUACCAAAACUGUGAGCAAUGGGGCAGCCAGGAAAGCUGCCAGUGGUUGCCCUUUAAACCUGCUCUGUGACUGUUAUGCAACGGAUAGAGUUUGCAGUGUUUGCCUUUCAAGGCGACAGCAAGUGGCUCCCAGGGCAGGAACACCUGGAUUCAGAGCACCAGAAGUAUUAACAAAGUGCCCCACUCAGACCACAGCAAUAGACAUGUGGUCUGCAGGAAUCAUAUUCCUUUCUCUGCUCAGUGGACGGUAUCCAUUUUUCAAAGCAAGUGAUGAUUUAACUGCUUUGGCACAAAUCAUGACAGUUCGUGGAUCCAGAGAAACCAUUCAGGCUGCUAGAACUUUUGGAAAAUCAGUUGUGUGUACUCAGGUUGUCCCAACUCAAAACCUCCGAAGCCUCUGUGAAAAGCUGAGAGGAACAAAUAGCAGCUGUAAGAGAUCUCAGGGGGAAGGGCCGACCAGGUCUGAAAACAGCACAGCUUUGCCAGCAGACAAACCCAGUGCUCCUGAGACACUCGGAAAACAAGUUCAACACUUACAGAGUUUUCAGGAAGGUGAUGGUGCUUUGGAAAUGAAGGCAACUGACAUGAAAGGAUGGGAUCAGGUUCCUGAUGAAGCAUAUGACCUACUUGAUAAGCUACUAGACUUAAACCCUGCAACGAGAAUAACUGCAAAAGAGGCUUUGCUGCAUCCUUUUUUUAAAGACAUAAGGCUCUGAGAAGAUAACUUACUCUCUUAUUCCUUUCAUAUGUUUUGUGUGGAAUUGGAAUACUGAGGCAGCUUUACCUUGUUGCCCAUAAUAUUUACACUCAUUGAAAUAACGUCACACUGUGCUCUGAACUACUGAAAUUUUGUCUUGUACAGUUAGACUGUAAAUGUCAGUUUAAGAAAUACUUGCAGAUGCAAAAGUUACAUAAACAUCACUAACGUGGUCUUAUCCUAAGAGGAUUAUCAACUUCCGAGAGGUUAUUGCUGUGCAUACCUGUUCUCUAAGUUAACUUCGAUCAAAAACAACAAAGAAAAAAGAGUUUCAUAAGGUUUAUGCUUAAUUCUCAAGAUAUUCCCUUAAAAUUUACAAGUUUGCCUUAAGGUAAGACUGAAAUGAGAGUGUUUGAGAGACUUUUUUCUGUACUUGCCUAUCUCUGCUUUGUUCCUCUUUAGUACGUGGGGGACUGAAAAUGGAACAAAGUGUAUCCAUUUUGUUCAGACUAUUUUCAGAGAACAGUAGUUCUAUUUGGGAAGGUUGCUAGAAGAAAGGCCAGGUGCUGGAGAUUGUAUCAUCAAAAGAAAAACAUAACUUUUAAAUGCACAUUUUUGUUCCUGUCUGGUCUUUCCUACUUAGGCAAUAGUAAUUAAUGCAGUCACUCAUUCUGCAUAGUCCAUGUUUCCUCAGUGCCAUGGAUAACUCAGUAUUCCACAGCUGCUGCUUUCAGGAUAUCUCGGAUGCAAGGCAUAGGUUUGAUUUCUGUUUUGGAAAUUUUGUUUGAUUUCUUAAAAAAUACCUGUUCAAUAAAUGAUUUGGUUUUAUAACUUCAGAAGCUUGUCUAGAGACGCUUCUAUAAAAGUCAGGUAAGCUUUUCCUGUGGGAUGUUUCUGUUCAGGGAGUCUUGCAUGUUGGUUCCCUCCAUAAACUCCUCAGUGAUAGAAGACACUUUUUGGAUAGCUCUAGUGUGUAUGGCUGUUUUAGUGGAACUGUCUUAAUUAUUAAGGAGCUCUUAGCACAGAGUUAGCUAGAUAUUGUGUGGUCCUAAGGAGGAAAAUCCCUUACCUUCAACGUGCAAAGUAAGCUACAUCAUGUCCAAUAGAGGUUUCUCUAAACCCCUUGAUAAUUCUGGAGACUGAAACAUAAUACAGUGUUUUUCCAUGUACAUUUCUUGAGAUGCUGAUGGAGUUGCUGUAAGUUCUGGGCCAUUCUGAGAAAAGAUUGCUGCUUUGAUAAAUCUUGUAAAAGCCUUCUCAUAUGAGCUGAUGGUUAUGAUAGUGCAGUGAUCCUGAUACCCUGAUCAGGCCUGGGGCUGAAGAGACAAGAUUUCAAUAUUUUCAAAACCUUGAAUACAUAGCAAAUAAGAGUAAUGUUGCUCUGUUUCUGGCAUCUGCUAUUAGGGAAAAAUAUUUGCAGAUGUCAGAAUAUUGAUUGCAGAAAAUCUUGAAACUCUCAAGACUCUGGGGCCCAGGUCUUGUAAUUUUUGCUGUUUAUAUAAUUUCAACACAGCACGUCACUGAGAAAUUAUUUAUCUAAAGGAACUGUGGCCAAAUUUGGCAAGCAGUGCUGUCUGCCAGUGUCUGCAGAUGUAUUGUUUCCUCCUACAUUCACUCAAUGCUGUCUAUGGUCUUAUGAGAGCAUCAGCUGACAACAAGCAAAAAUAUGUCAGUUAUCUGUUGUGAGCUUUCUAAGCAGCUUCAGCUCUUAAGCUUCCCUGCUAACAGCCUUCAGCAGCUCCUUCCAUCAGCCCUACAACAAUUAACCUCUGCAUUCAUUUAAUAGCCAAAAAGAAAGUGUCAUUGCUAGUGGUAGUUUUACCAGAACAGUAAGGGUAAAUAAAAUUUGUAAGGAACAAGCUCCAUGUAUUCCAUAACAAGCUGGAAGAACACAUUGGUAUUCUUUCUUCCAGACAGCUAUUUAAAAUGUGGAGAUUUUUUUUUUUUUUCAAGGGGAAGGAUAAAAUAAAAAGUGCGUUUGAACUAGCAUAUGCUAAGGAAGUAUUUUUUCCCUGCACUCUACAGAAGAAAACCUUAAGUAAAAUGCUAAAUGCAAUGGGCUCUCACUGGGGAGAAAAAAAAUGAAGGAAACGAACAAGAAAACACUAGGGCUAAGCAGUGGUUGCCACUGGAUUUUCUGCUUCUCUCUGCUGUGUUUCUAAGAAUCUCUAAAAACCACAGAUAAGGUACUAAGAUUCCCUUAAAGUUUAAAUACCUGGUUUGAGAUAUUUAUAUACUGAACAUGAAUCUUGUACCAUGAGAGCUGCAAAUAGAAAAAAUUCUGCACAGAAAUUACAUUGCUUCAACAAAUGUUCUGUGGUUGUGAGGCUGCAGCUGGGUUAGUGUUAAGUUCUGGACACCCUGUAUGACAAGGUUAGUAACAAAUUGGGCAGAAACCAAAAACAGCAGCAAAAAGCUGCAUCGACUUGGAGAGAUUAAUAGAAACUGAUACCUAGAAUUCUGAGAACAGAAUGUUAGAAGCAAAUCAAAAUAUGUCUGUGUAUUUAGCAUUGGGAAGACUAACUUAUUAUCGGUACUAAGCCAGACUAGGUGAGGAAACUGACAUGCUUAUUAUGUUCAUCCUAGUUGAAAAAGGUUACAAGUACAUAAUUAUUAUUUUCCUAGCACCUUUCUGGCCAUCACAUUCUACUAGUGAGCAAAAUACAAAGAAAGAAGAAGUCUUUAGAGCUUGCCUCAUAUUUGUUGGUGAUGAAGAGGUAUGUUCUGAAAGAGGUGACAGAAAGAAAUUGUUUGCAUUUAGCAGGGGAUACCUGAACUUUCUCCUUCCUCAUUAAGGCAGACCACACAAGGCAAGAGAAGUAAAAGAAAAAACCCCAUCAACCCAGUUUUCUCUUGUUUGCCCAGUUUUGCUGUAUAGAGAAAAUGACUAACCAUUCAAAUCACUUAGUACUUUAUGGCCUUAUGAAUUCCUAGUCUAUAAUGAAACCAUGCAGCUCAAGUGGUAGGCUUAUAGCAAGGACAGUUCUCUUGAGACGUUACUGAAGCAACGUUCUUACUGCAGCACAAUUGUGAAUGUUUUUUUGGUUGAGUUGGGUGUUUCUGAUGUUUGGUUUUUUAGAGCACAUAGUAAAUUAUUCUACUACUGUGGCCACAGCAUGUUCACUUCAGACCUCUCUUGUAGUUUAUCCAGAAAACAGAACAUGUCCCAGGUCAGUGGCAGUCCAUAUGUGGUUCAUACCCCUCUCUGCUGCUGUGUUCCUGGCUGGCCAGUUCAAGGGGUAGUAAAUACUGAAACUGGCAGACUGCACGCAGUGGGUGGAAAUUGGAUAAUCCCUUUGAUCAUAUGCUUACAAGUGCCAGCAUAUACAGUUUUGUUACCCUGGUAACAAAAAAAUUCUGAUACUGCUGAGCUGAGGGUCCAGUAAAUUGGAUAUUUUGCAUCAGCAUAACCUAGAUAACCAAGGGUUUUUAAAUAUGCCUGUUGUAUGCUUAAUUCUGCCUCUCCUAUGACUCAAUCCUUUCUACUUUCAUCUCAACUGACUGCUAGAAUGUUUUCCCUAUACAAUGGUUUAUUGUAUCAUGUUAAAAACUAACCACUAUAUGCAUUCCUGAAUAUCCCCAGAGUAUUAUUUAUUCCAUUUAUGGAAAAACUCACAUCUUCCUGUGGGGAUAUAGCAGGGAAGAGAGUGGUUUUGUUACAUGUUAUUUGGUUUCUUGCAUAAAGUUCUUCCAUAGUUUUCAGAAGAGUCAGAUUUUAAUCUAAGACCUAAUUAAACUUUUUUUUCAAUAUUUUGUUUCAAUAAUUCUAGUGUUAAGAAUGUUUUG